GCGCGUCGCUCAGCUGACAGACUCACAGCAAGCCUUUUGUGUUUGCAGGAUUGCAGCAGCAGUGGGCCGAGAGGACAGACUGUCCCAGGCUAUCAUGGAUGACAGCUCAUCUCUGCGCAGAGUGAGCGGCUCCACUGAAUCUGUGUCAACUGUCACCAGUGAGGAGUUUGUGCUGGUGCAGCCUACUGCCGGGGGCUCUCCCUCAAGCUCUGAGGGGCGGCCCAGACUCAAGAUGUCAUGGAAUGGGAGUGAGCAGUUGGAGCGAGCGAUGGAGGAGGUGCUGGGUGAUGUGGCUGAUGGAUCAGGAGUUGCAGAGGAUGGUGGAGAUCCAGGGACUCCUGCAGCACUUAACUCUCAGAUCAGACCACUCAGCCUGGCUCUGGACACAGCUCCUCAUGAAGCCUCAGUCGGAGUGUUGGAGAGUAUUGCAUUGCAAGAGGAGGAUAGCGUACAGUUCAGCAAACUCUCUUAUUUGGGCUGCACCUGGGUGAAGGCACCUCGUAAUGAAACAGAGGCCCAGAAAGCCAUGGCCACCCUGCGGGCAGAGAGUGCCAUCCCCAUUCCUGUCACCCUGCAUGUGCCCAAUGGUCCAGACAGUUGUGUCCGGAUUGUCGACCAAGCCACUGGAACAGAGAUCGCUUCCUUUCCCAUCUACAAAGUGUUGUUCUGUGCUCGGGGACAAGAGGGCUCGGUCGAGAGUGACUGCUUUUCCUUCACUGAAAGCUACCGCAGCUCUGAGGACUUUCAAAUCCAUGUCUUUUCCUGCCAUAUCAAAGAGGCUGUUAGUCGCAUUCUAUAUAGCUUCUCAACAGCCUUCAGGCGUUCGUCAAAAGCAGCCACAGACAUGAGAGAUUCAGUGCUGCCUCUUUCCCCCAAUAGCGAUAUCUUCACCUUCACCGUUUCUCUAGAAGUGAGAGAAGAGGACGGAAAAGGAAACUUCAGCCCAGUCCCUAAAGACAGAGAUAAGUAUUACUUCAAGCUCCGGCAGGGUGUGCAGAAAAAAGUGGUGGUCACUGUUCAGCAAAUGAACAAUAAUGAGCUGGUAAUAGAGAGGUGCUUUGGGAUGUUACUCAGCCCUGGUCAGAAAAUUCGCAACAGCGACAUGCACCUUCUUGAUAUGGACUCUAUGGGGAAAAGUGCUGAUGGGAAGGCAUAUGUGAUCACCGGCACCUGGGAUCCAAACAUUCCGGCUUUCCAGCCACUGAAUGAGGACACGGCGAAAGAUAAGCAGGUGUUCGUGACGGUGGCAGUGGACCUGGUGGUGACUGAGGUCAUAGAACCUGUGCGGUUCCUCAUGGAGGUGCCAGUUAGGGUCUACCCAGCUAAUGAGAGAUUCUGGUAUUUCAGCAGGAAGGUGUUUUCUGAGACCUUUUACCUCAAGCUCAAACAGGGCACAGGGAAGGGCAGCCAGGGAGAUGCCAUGUAUGAAGUGGUGAGCCUGCAGAAACACACAGAGUGUUCGGCCGGAAUACAUGGCCGCCUGCAGUCUCCCACCGAAGAAGAGGAGUCAGAGGAUGAGAGUGACAGCGAGAUCUAUAGUGGGUCUGGCGAUGUGUCGAAGGACUGUCCCGAGAAGAUUCUGGAAACCUGGGGAGGAAUCCUGAACAGAUGGCAUGCAAACCUGUCGGCGCGGCCCAAGGGUCUGUCUGCUCUGGUGAAGCCUGGGAUCCCGGAGGCCUUACGAGCUGAAGUUUGGCAGCUCCUGUCUGGCUGCCCCAACGAUCAGCCUCUGUUAGAGCAAUACCGCAUCCUCAUCACUAAGGACUCCGCCCUGGAAGCGGUCAUCACCCGAGACAUCCAUCGCACCUACCCGGCUCACGACUACUUCAAAGACUCAGGUGGUGAUGGCCAAAACUCUCUCUACAAGAUCUGCAAGGCCUACUCUCUGUAUGACGAGGAGAUCGGCUAUUGUCAUGCCCAAUCAUGUCUGGCGGCUGUAUUACUGUUACAUAUGCCUGAGGAGCAAGCCUUCUGUGUGCUGGUAAAGAUCAUGUACAACUACGGUCUUCGAGAACUCUACAGAAACAACUUUGAAGAUCUUCACUGCAAGUUCUACCAGCUAGAGCGCCUGCUGCAGGAGCAGUUGCCGGAUCUGUGGUCUCACUUCCAGGAUCUGAACCUGGAGGCCCAUAUGUAUGCGGCCCAGUGGUUCUUAACACUCUUUACCGCCAAGUUCCCUCUCUGCAUGGUCUUCCAUAUCACCGACCUGCUCCUGUGCGAGGGGCUGAACAUCAUCUUCAGCGUGGCUCUGGCUCUUCUUAAGACAUCCAAGGAAGAUCUGCUUCAGGCCGACUUUGUGGGUGCCCUAAAAUUUUUCCGCAUCCAGCUCCCAAAACGCUACAGGGCUGCGGAGAACGCCCGGCGCCUUAUGGAGCAGGCCUGCAAUAUCAAGGUGCCAACAAAGAAGCUCAAGAAGUUUGAGAAGGAGUGUCAGUCUCUGAGAGAGAGCCAGUUACAACAGGAAGACCCCAUAGACCGAUAUCAGAGAGAAAACCGGCGGUUGCAAGAGGCCAGCAUGCGUCUGGAACAGGAGAACGAUGAUCUUGCUCAUGAACUAGUAACCAGCAAGAUAGCACUGAGGAAUGACCUGGACCAGGCGGAGGACAAAGCUGACGUUUUGAACAAAGAAUUGCUCAACACCAAACAGCGUCUCGUAGAGACAGAGGAGGAGAAGAGAAGACAAGAGGAAGAGACAGCCCAGUUAAAGGAAGUUUUCAGAAGAGAGUUGGAGAAAGCCGAGUUAGAGAUAAAGAAGACCACAGCCAUCAUAGCAGAAUAUAAACAGAUAUGUUCACAGUUAAGUACCAGGCUGGAAAAGCAGCAGGCAUCUACAAAAGAGGAACUGGAUAUAGUCAAGGCUAAAGUGAUGGCAUGUGAGCACUGUAGGGAUGUGUUCAGUAAAGAUGGACCCCUGCAGAUCCCAGCUGUGACUCAAGACAACCGGGACUCCGACCUGGAUGAAGAGAAGGACUCGCUCAAGGCACAGCUGAGAGAGCUUGAACUGGAGCUGGCCCAAACCAAACUCCAGCUGGUGGAGGCCAAGUGUAAGAUCCAGGAGUUGGAGCAUCAGAAGGGAGUUUUGAUGACUGAGGUCCAAGCUGCCAAAAACUCUUGGUUUAGUAAAACACUGGGCUCCCUCAAGAAUUCAGCCAGUAACCCAUCACCCUCCUCACCCAAAGAGGGCCAGUAGGACUCACCCAGGGCUUAACCAAUGAAGUAGCGUGGCAUAGACUUUGCGCUAGGCUAAUCUGAGCAGAAAACAACCUCUGAUGAACACUACUAGCAACACGACACGACAAUGCAGUAUUCCCUCAAGAUAUUCCCCAUGAAGUUACUUGUGCAUGGAUCGGUGAGCAUCGUAAACAAACAACUCCAUCUAAGCUGCAAGACCAUUAGUUAGACUCAAUAAAACUAGCUUCAGUAGCUAUUUACUUAUAAUGCUUCUAAUUAUUACUGGUUAUUUGGAUUCUGGAUCACCAUCAUUGAUUGUGUUUGUUAGUUGCUUAGGCAGUUUGGCCGCCUAGUGGAUAAAGAAAGUACUACAGUUAUUAUUAAAGAUACUGUGUUUUGGCACACAAGUACAUAAGAAAUGGCCUUUAGGCCACAAGUUCAAGGGGAAAAGGCUAUGUUUGUUUUCUUUUGGUUGUUUUCUAAGAGGGGAUACUGCAUUAUGCUACAAAUAUGAAUAGCUAAGCUUUUAUUGUUGUUUUUCUAUAUAGAAAUAAUACAUGUAAUUGUUUUGUCAUAUAAAUGUGUAUAACUAAACGUUGUUUUUUUAUUUUAAUCUUGUACAGUUCUGAAAGAGAAGUGCACCACUAUUUUUUAAAAUGUUUGAAUAUGAAUGUUUAUAUAUAGGCCUAUGUCAGAUACUUAAAAGCACAGAAUCAAAAAUUGGCCAUGAAUCCAUCCUUCUUUACUUUCCCAUUCCCAUGGGCUGUUUUAUGGAUCUGUCCAGCUGUGCAACUCAUAGUAACCAGGGUUAGUAUGGAAUUUUGCUGCUGAUAGCUUGAUGUUGCAGUGGCCAUUAAACAUUGACCUGCCAGGUCUUAACUUUAUAAACCGACAUUUAAUAGGUUAAUGACAGAUGCCAUGCCGAAAUCACGAUAAUAUCAAGACAUAAAAGGAUAGUUCGCCAAAAAUUUCAUAGUGGCUUCAAAGCCAUAUUCAGUCAAAGUGUAAGACAAUUUCAUUUCUUCUCUUGAUAUUUGUCAAAAUGUCCAUAUUAAUGUCUCUCACUGGUUCUCCUAUAAGUGUAGUAUAUUUCACUAAGUGUAGUGAAAUCAUUUAAAAUCUGCAUGGCUUUUAUGCAUAACAAGUCAUCCAUAUUGUGAACAUACCUUAUUUACGAUGAUGUUUGAGGCUGAGAUUUGAAGAUGCCAAACUAAUUAUAUAAAUAAAGGAAAUGUCAGUUUAAUAUUAACUAAUUAUUCAUUUUUACAAGCAUGCAUGUGGUUCAUUGGGGCUAACUUUAGUAAUGAAGGUACAUAUAUCCAUCUAUUGUAUUGCUGGUUUUAUUUCAAUUCUUUUGAUUUUUGAAACCGCUCCACAGAAAUGGAUGCAUUAAAUUGAUGGAAAAGACGACAAACAUUAGCUGAGACUGCAAAACUUGGACAUUUUUAGUGGGCGUGUUUACAUCCAUGUUCUAUCACCAAUUAUGCUUAAUUAACCAACAACGUGCGUGGUCAAGUAAAUGCAUUAAACGGCAUACCUCUAUCCGUGUACGGUCAUUAGCGGCUUAAGAAUAACCCAAUCAACGCAGGUAGAUUUUUGCCCAUCACCCCACUUUUGUGUCACAUGUAAACAUCUUUACCAUCAUUCUUACCAUUUAUCCAAUGUACGCAAGUGUUGUACACAGCAUAUUGCGGUGCAUGUAAACUGGCUCACUAAUCAAAAGCAUCACCAAACUGUAUCUGUAUGCUAAUAACUUUUAAAUGAUUUAGCUAAAUGUUAUGCCCCUGUUAUGUUUAUAUAAUUUGGGUCAUAAAGAGUCAACGAUAAAUAUUGCCAUUUUUUAUGAUAUUGACAACUUUUGGAGGAGUGCAUAUGAUGAUCUUCAGACUUGUACUAUAUCUUGGCAAUGGUUUUGCUUAUUGAAAUUAAACUUGUUGAAUGACCUUAAGACAAUUC